AUGACCAAAAAUUCUUUUCCUGACAGCGGUAUUGAUGAGAUAAAAUCUAUAGCUAUCAUUGGAGCAGGCCCCUGUGGCACUGGUGCUUUGAAAGCGUUCAUAAAAGAAGGAAGAUUUGGUAGAAUUCAAGCAUUUGAAAAACGUCCAGAUCUUGGAGGAUUGUGGAAUUACACAGUCGAAACUGACGAAAAGUCUACUCCGGUUCCAUGUGAGAGCCCUUCUUUGGAUAUCGACCCUGUAUUCAAUGAAAACACAGGAAAUUUUGUUUGGCCGUCUCCAGUUUAUGACUAUCUAGAUACCAAUGUACCUAAGGAGAUUAUGACGUAUGUUGACGAACCAUUCUCAACUGAUUUACCCAUAUUCCCUCACAGAUCUGAUGUUUUAGAAUAUAUGAAGCAUUAUGCUACAGAGUUAAAUAAUUUCAUUCGAUUCAAUACGAAAGUCGUUCAUAUAGACCUUUUGAAUGACAACAAGUGGAAAGUCAUCUCGAGGCCUGUGGUAGAGGAGACAAAUGGUGGUAAGAUUUCAUCCAGAAUUCAAAAGUUUGAAGAUAAGACUGAAAUAUUUGAUGCUGUUGUAAUUGCCACAGGUAACUAUGAUAUACCAUAUAUACCGAAUAGGCAAGGUAUGGAAGAAUGGAAUUCAAAACAUCCAGGAACGAUUUCCCAUGUGAAAUCAUAUCGAAAUCCCAAAACCUUAGAACAAGAAAAUGGUGAAAUAUUAGUAGUUGGAAAUUCAGCAUCAGCUGGUGACUUAGCAUAUCAGUUGGCAACUACUCUCAAGCGUAAAAUUUACAAGUCUAAGAGAUCAGAGAAUCAGUUACCGACAGGAAAAAGUAAUUUUGUCAUGGAAGUUGCUGACAUAAAAAGGUUUGAUGCAGAUUCAAGGUCCAUCUAUUUAGAAGAUGGCUCAAAGUUGGAGAAUGUCUCGAGGAUAAUAUUUGCUACCGGUUACUUAAAAUCUUUCCCUUUUAUGGAUCAUUUUAAUCGGACACAGUUUCCACUUUUGACGGAUGGAAACAAAGUUCAUGGUAUAUAUGAACAAAUCAUAUUAUAUAAUUACCCCAACUUAGCCAUAAUUGGCCUACCAAGAUUUGUAUUACCUACAAGGAACGCAGAAACGCAGGCUUGUUGGUUAUCCAAGGUUUGGUCUGGAAAAAUCAAAUUACCUUCUGUUGAAUAUAUGAGAGAUUUGGAACGCAAAAGAGUGGAAGACAAAGGCUCGGGUAAAAAAUUUCAUGACUUGAUAUUUCCGGAGGAUGUUUUAUAUUCUAACCUGUUAAAUUCUCAAAUUUUUAAUAGCGUAAAGACUCUUAAAAAUUCUGAAAAGGGAUUGUUACCUAAAGUUUGGGAUAAGGAACAAAUCAAAAUAAGGGGCUCGAUAAAAGCAAUAAAAGAGUCUUACAUUAUCUAUAAAGAAAGAACAGGAAAGCUUGCUAAGAGUGUUCAGGAAUUGGAAGAUGCUAAGAUAACGGAGCCAUUGUUUAUAUCCGAUGAAGAGUUGCGUUCAUUAGGUUUUGACUUUUAA